AGAGAGAGAGAGAGAGAGAGAGAGAGAGAGAGAGAGAGAGAGAGAGAGAGAGAGAGAGAGAGAGAGAGAGAGAGAGAGAGACUGUGUGUGUGUGUGUGAAUGUUUGUGUGUCCUUUGCAAUAUUUGGGCUGCAUGUGUUCUUAUUGUGCGCGUGCACGAACAGACCGUGUUCCUCCGUGUGCGCGUGCACAGUUUGAACAGUCGCUGAAGUACAACUACACAAAUAAACCGCCGCGUGCACGUACACUCGCGUAGCCGCCGAAAUACAUAUUCCAGUGCCCCCUAAACCGACAGCCAAUCAGCGUGCACUAUCCUACGAGUGGGCGGGGCGUGUGUCUCAUGAAUAUCCAGCAGGAGCGCGCGGUGUGCGCGUAGAUCCGCGGGGUCGAGAGUAGUGUUGUGUUGUGUUCUGUUGUGUGUUCGCGCCUGAGAAGCGGUGAGUUUCACACACGGGCCCUGGACGGAGAGACAGCGUGAAGUUCCCCCGGUGCAGGAGACAGCAGCUCCCGGUAAAGCUCUUUUGGAUCACCGCCCCCCCCACCCACCCACCCAUCCACCCCCCGGUGCGCGCACGGAGCUCAGCCGCGGACAAUGCCUGGCAAGGCUGCGGUGGCAGUGGCGCCUCAGCCCCGUGCCAACGUCGUGCGGGUGGCACCGCAGAAGUCGUUUCCGUUUGUUUUGAAGAAGAUCAUGGACAUCCCCCCCCCGAACAUCCUGGAGGAGGGGGACGACGAAAUAGAGAAGGAGAAGCUCUGCUCAACUGAGGAAGUGGAAGGAGACGGGGCAGAGUCAGCCAGUGCUGGUGGAGGUUCUCGAGGAGGAGGAGCUGGUGGCGGCGGUGGCGGAGGAGGAGGAGGAGGCGUGUCAGCCUCCCUGACCCCUGCCAUUUGGGAUAAGACCAUUCCCUAUGAUGGGGAGACAUUCCACCUGGAGUACAUGGACCUGGACGAGUUCCUCCUGGAGAACGGCAUCCCCGUCAGCCUGGAGAACGGCCUGCAGAAGACGCUGACCUCCGUGGAGGGCAAAGGCAAAUCCAGCGCCAAGGUGGCUGCUCCUGCUGCCACUGUUGUUGCUGCUACUCCUCCUCCUGCUGCUCCUCCUGCUGCUGCUGCUGCUUCUGCAGCUCCUGCUGCUGCUUCAGCCUCAGCAUCCUCCCCCUCUGCCUCCAGAGCCACCUCCACUGUCACCUCAGAACCAGAGGAAACGGUGACGAUCACCACUUUACAACCAGCUAAACUAGAGGAAGAGGAGGAGGAGGAAGAAGAAGAGGAGGAAGAGGAGGAAGAGGAGGAGGAAGAAGAAGAUGAGGAAGGACAAGAAGAGGAAUCUCAGUUUGAGGAGGCAGAAGAGAAGGAGAAGAAACCAGAGCGCAGCACGCCCUCCCCCAUUGACCCAGAUGCACUUGAGGUGGACAUCAACUUCCAGCCGGACCCCACAGACCUGGUCCUGUCCAGCGUUCCGGGAGGAGAACUGUUCAACCCUCGCAAACACAAGUUCUCAGACCAGGAGCUGAAGCCGCAGCCGAUGAUCAAGAAGGCCAAGAAGGUGUUUGUUCCUGAUGAACACAAGGAUGAUAGGUACUGGUCCAGGAGAAAGAAGAACAACCUGGCGGCGAAGCGCUCCCGUGACGCGCGGCGGCUGAAGGAGAACCAGAUCACGGUGCGCGCCUCCUUCCUGGAGCGGGAGAACGCGGCGCUGAGGCAGCAGGUGGCCGAGAUGCGGAAGGACUGCGGCCGCUGCAAGAACAUCCUGGCCCGGUACGAGGCGAAGUACGGCCCGCUGUAGACCGGUCCCAACAGAACCCGUGAGGUGUCACUGAGACAAGAGCAGAAGUCCCUUCCCCGCAAAAUUCAACACAGACACAAAUACCAAGGCAAUCUCAAUUUGCACUUUUGUCUUUGCUGGCCACCAGUCACUGUGUUCUGUGCUCCAGUUGUUGAUUUCAACCUGAUGCUGGUGUUUUGGAUACACACUGGCAGGCAGUGAGGCAUGAUGGGAGCGGUGGUCACAGGACGGCCUGUGGAGAGCGCCUGGCUCCUUCACUCGGUGUGUGAUUGUGGAAACUCCCGAAGGUCACACACACACACACACACAGAGGUCGAGGUCUAUUCAGAGAAGUUGGGGAAUAAGAGAAAGAGCAGGCUGGUACAAAAGAGUCACACGUUUUUUUGGGAAAAACGUCCGACACACACACACUUCCGUUUCCCUCACUACACAGCAGCUCUACUUAGAGGACCAAAGCAUGAGUAGCGUCAGUCAGAAGUCGUGUAUUUAGAAAAGGGGCACGCGAUCCCUCACGUUUCCUUGUGUUGCACUUACGUUUGUGUCUGUGCUUCCUUUAAAAUGCUCCAGCUGAGGCUCAGAGGAGAGGGACACAUGAAAACAUGCAUUCAGGAGCAGGAGGUGGAAGAGAGGGAGAGAGACGAGUCAAAGAGCUCAGGUCAGCAGAGAAGGAGAGGAGGAGGAGGAGGAGGAGGUGGCGAGAUUCAUUCCCUCUUGUAAUCCACAUCUGCACACACACACACAUAAAGCCGUUUAACAAAGAACUUUGUAUAUAUGUUCAUCUACCAGCGCCACAUACAAACGUGUGUGAAUCAGUGUGUAAUCCAUUUUUGCACCUUUUCUUAAACGGCAGUUGUGUAAAGGUUUCUCGUGGCUGCAGGUCUUUGACCUUAUUCACCACAGUGGGAGACUUGGUAGCUCAAAAAACAAAAACAUGCAUGACCUUCAGUUUAAAGCUACUGUUUCCUUUUCUACUGACCUCAGAUCAGCUUCCAGAGCCUCACACUAUAUUUUACUACAGAAGACAGAUCUGGGGUGACGGUGGUUUUACGAGGGUAGUGAAGGAGAGUCUGGGUUUUUUGCGGUAGUUUCCGGUUUUGCGCACAAAGGCGAACGAUUGAUCUCCAGGUUCCUCACCGCUGGAGGGGUACAGUCAUAUAUAGGGAUGUUUAUUAUACUGCACACUGCAAGUAGAGGGCGCUAGAGCCACUGCCUCUGACGGCUGGAUGGAUUUAAAAAAACAAACAUUUAGCCAGUUCCAAGGUGGACUGCUUCUAAAUCUUGUAAUUAAACGAUUGUCUCACGGUCUUUAUUUCCUACGACAGGAAUCCAGACUGUGUCUUUAUUAACCCAAUACUAUUCCUUAUAUCUGCCAAAUAGUCAAUGAGUGCUGUAUUUAUUCUGAUGGUAAUAAUGCAUCUGUUGAUUGUGAUGUACAGUCAGAUUAUUCCAUUUCCUUUUGAGAGUCUAUACCUACAUUGAUGAAACCAAUGACGAAGCAGGGAUUUAAAUGGGUAAACUGUGCUUUUGGAUAUUUAUUUUGAAAAACAGAUUUAUAUCGUUACAAAGGUUUUUACGUACAGUGAGUGUCUGAACAGCAAAAGGACCAGACACACUCUUAUUUACCUCAUCCAACACCUCUUUAUUUAGAAUGGGUACAGGUUGAGCAGGGCUGCAGGGAGGAGGAAGUAGAGAGCACAUACAAAGCAGCUCAGCUCCUAUUUGGCAAAACCUCGAAAUCCCACUUCAAGGUUGUUUUUUGGCCAAAGUGGUUGAGUUUGUGUUUGGAUCAGCAAAUACAUCACAGACUGUUACGGGACUUUAUAUCUCAAGUUACUUGGACUGAUGCAGUUGUUGUGGUCGGUCGGCUCGUGCUCGUAACCGCCAUAAACUUGUGAAGGAAAAUAAAAAUGGCAAUAAUACUCUUGUUAUGUAAUGCUCGUUUAAUAUCAGUGAUGAUGUGUGUAGACGUUGCUAUGAUGUACUAAAUAAAAAUGCCCCUACGUCCUUCGUGCUUCCAGUUUAGAUCCUCUGUAGUCCAGGAUCCUAAUGCAUGAAACCCAGUAAACUUGUGUUUUUUUUAUUCUUGACUAUUAUACACCAAGUGUACUUACGUCUGUAAACCAUCACUGAAAACUGGGAGUGUUUUUGGAUGGUCGGGCUGAUGGCCUGUUGUACAGUUCUGUCAGAAGUGAACAUCUCCGCUCCGAUGUUGUGUGUUUGUAGCUCGUGUGCCAGCGUGUGCAGCCAGCGCUCGACCUCCAGGGGAACACGAGCUGGAAUCAGCUUCUUUCGAUCACUGUGUGGAUUGUUUAGCUCUCGACUUCGGAUCGAUCUAGAUCUAGAUACACUGGAUCAGUUGGUGCUUCUGCGUCUUAAGAAGUAGUUCCUGUGUUUCAGUUUCCAGACGGUGUAGAACUAACUGAUGCCUGUCAUUUAUUUACAAACUGGACAUCGACUGCAUUGUCCCGUUUCCACACCAGUAGAGUUAAUGGAUGCAAAACUUUGAGAUUGAAAUGUUCUGCAUCAGGCCGACUGAGGGAACUGGCCAAUGGAGCCUUUUUAGGAGGCAAUAAAUCCAGAUCUUUUAUGGUACAGCAUUCAGUGUUUAGCAAUUUUACUGAUGCAAAGUUCCUCAUGAAACUGGCUUGUAAUCGCUGCUCGUUAGGGUUCAGUGGGUCGCAGGUUCGGCUGCAAACAUGCCAGCCUGCGGUGAUAACUGGGAAUACCGAGAGCAGUGGUUUAGACCUGCAGAUGUAGACGUGUCUCCACCUUCAGACGAUGUUACAGAGUUUUAAUCCUUUAAACAGCAGCUUUGUUUCAGGUGUUUUAUUCCAUCUGUUAAAAAAGAUCAAGUAUCAGUCACACUCCAGAGUUAUAAUAAAUGUCUUUCUAUCAAAAUCUGAAUAAAAACAAUUCAGCAUCGCACAUUAAAAAAACGUGAAAAAAAAACUGCCAAAAGAUAGUGCUGUUCUUUUCUUUGCCUCUAGCUGGCGCUAGCACUGGCACAUCUGAAGGUCUGAAACUGUUGGAAUUGGCUUCAGGUGCUUUUCGCAUCACUGACACUUUUCUUCUAUACUUGCUAGUCAAGGUAGCUACAAUAAAAAACAAAGGAAAAUAUUUAAACGUCUCUUGAAAACGUUUUUUAAAGUUUUGUUAUGUGAUAUUUUGCUUUAUUUUCCUCUUUUUAUAUAAAGAUGUGUUUUUGUUGGGUGUUUUUGUAUCGUGCUAACCUUGUAUAGGAUACAUGCGGCUGCAGUGCCAUGUCCUGACUGUAUCUUGUACCAUGAAUAUGAAAUAAAUUGGUAUUUAAUGACA